UUCAGCUAGUCAUCACAGCCCGUUCGAGACUCUCAAGUCAAAGCAUCUCAUCAACUGAUUCAACUCUCAACCACAACAAACAACUCCAACAACAACCAACCAGUCAAGAUGAAGUACACCGCCGCCGCCCUCCUCACUCUGGCCGCCACUGUGCUCGCCGCGCCCACUGCCGACAACCAGCAGCAGUGCACUUUCGGCACGUACCGGUGCACGACGCCCAACACAGGCAUCGAGAUCUGCAACGUGCAGGGCAAGUGGGAGCUCGUGGGCGCCUGCCCCGGCGGCACGUCGUGCGAGAACCUGCCCCAGAACGGCUACACUUUGCCCUUCUGCACCAACAACAAGCCCAAGAUCGAGGGCCGCAACGGCCGCCCCGGCCAGAGCCCCGGCGAGAAGUGCAGCACCCCGGGACAGUACCAGUGCUUCGGCCCCUACGCCAUCCAGGUCUGCGACACGCAGAACGUGCUGCAGAAGGUUGGCGAUUGCCCCCAGGGCUCGCAUUGUGAUUAUUUGAAUGGGAUUCCUUUCUGCGUUGCCAACUACUAAGGGGGAGGGUCAUGGGUGGAUUCAGGGGUUGAUGGAUUAUGAUAUGAUAGGGGUGCAAGAUGGGUCCGAGGUUUUUGCAUAAUACGGAGGAUUUUGGUACAUAGCAUUUAUAUGUCUUUUCGGGUCAUUCCUUUGGAGCAUUCAUUGGUUAAGUCAUCGGACGGGGUUGGAAGACAUAUUCAUUGAAGGGGGCCAUGAUAAUGAUAGAAGUCACAUAUAGCACUGCACCAAUCGAGGUGACACAAUGAGCAUAGGUACUCAACUUGACAUUGCAACUUAGACUAAGACUUUUCUCUAUGGAGUGAUUGUAACUGAUCUGCAACUCAACUGCAGUGUGCUCUGAAGGCCACGAGUACUAGACUAUGGUCAACAGCUGAGGUACUACUAGUAAUUAGUCGGAUGUAAC